CGCUCACGCUCGAGCUCGAGUUGAGAGCCGCCCACCUCGUCCAGACUCGUCUACCACUCGCCCGACACCGGUCGCACCCUCCCGCGGUCUCGCCUCACCUACCCUCCCUCGCCUCGCCACCUCACCUCAUCAACCCACGCGCCGUCCAUCAUGCCCAGGGCAGAAGCCGGGUCCGCAAAGGCCCUCUCGAACAAGAUGAAGUCCAAGGGCCUCGGCAAGCUCCGCUGGUACUGCCAGAUCUGCGAAAAACAGUGCCGCGACGACAACGGCUUCCAGUGCCACAUUGCGACAGAGGGUCACUUGAGGAAGAUGCUCGUCGUCGGCGAGUCGGCGGGCAAGCACAUCGGCGACUACACGGACCGGUUCCAGGGCGAGUUCGUCGCGUUGCUCAGUCGCCGCUGGGGCACCAAGCGCGUCCGCAUCAACCAGGUCUACCAGGAGUACAUCUGCGACCCGCACCAUCUCCACAUGAACUCGACUCGCUUCCUCUCGCUCACCGAGUUCGCCAAGCACCUCGGCCGCACCGGCGUCGCCCACGUCGACGAGAACGAGAAGGGCUGGUGGAUCUCGUGGAUCGACACGUCGCCUCGCGCGCUCGCGCGUGCCGAGUCGAACCAGAAGAAGGAGCGCGGCGACGUCGACGACGAGAUGCGCCAGCGCAAGCUCAUCCAGGAGCAGAUCGAGCGUGCGAGGGAGGAAGGCGAGCGGAGGAAGCGCGAGGCGGCGCUUGCGGCGGCGGGCGGGUCGGCGGCGGGAGCGGCCGAGGGCACGGGUGCAGUGGGCACGCAGGUCGAGGAGCCGAGCAACGAGCUCAAGCGCGAUGAGGGCGAGAAGCUCUCGCUCAGCCUGUCGUUCAAGACGCCCGCCGCCGCCGCCGCCGUCGCCGGCCAAUCACCCUCACCGCCUCUCGACGCCUCGACCGCCGCCGCCGCUUCCCCUGCCGAGCACGCCGCACUCGCCGACGCUUCCACCUCCUCCUCGGCUCCCUCUCUCGACGCCGCUGCCGUCGCCACGACCGCCGCCGCCGCCUCGACACGCGCACCCGCCCCUGCGCCUGCGCCCGCCCCGACCAAGUUCAUCGCCCCGCCCUCCAAGCCAGUCAUCGGCUUCACCCCUCGCGCCAACCCGCUCGCGGUCAAGCCCAAGCCCAACCCGCUCAAGGCCGGCGGCGGCAACCCGCUCAAAAAGCCGAACCCGCUCAAGGGCCCGGGCGCGAGCGGCGCCGGCGCGGGUGCGGGCGCGACCGAGAAGCGCAAGGCGCCGAUGAGUGCCGUGGAGCAGAUUGCGAUGGAGGAGAUGGCGAGGAAGCAGCGCAGGAUGAAGUGAGGCGGCGCGGCGGCGAGCGGGAGGUGCGGCACGAGGGCUAUGUGCGAGGCGAGCAAGGGGAUCGAGACGGCUUGUUGUUCUUUCUUUGCAGUACCACACUUUGUCUCUA